UUUCUAGACAACAUGGCCUUGAGAAGUUCUGGCAAGCUGAGCAUGGAGACCAGAAAAGAUGGUGAGAGUACAGCCCCUGCUCCUCCCCAGAAGAAGCUCUCCUGCCAGUGUCACCACCACUGCCCUGAGGACUCGGUCAACAACACCUGCAGCACUGAUGGCUACUGCUUCACCAUAAUAGAAGAGGAUGAGUCCGGUGGCCAUUUAGUCACCAAGGGAUGUCUUGGAUUAGAAGGCUCAGACUUCCAGUGUCGGGACACUCCUAUUCCACACCAAAGAAGAUCUAUUGAAUGUUGCACAGGCCAAGAUUACUGUAACAGACACCUUCACCCUACGCUGCCACCACUGAAGAAUCGAGACUUUGCUGAAGGAAACAUUCACCACAAGGCCCUGCUGAUCUCAGUGACUGUUUGCAGCAUCCUUCUGGUGCUUAUCAUCAUAUUCUGCUACUUCAGGUACAAACGCCAAGAGACGAGGCCCCACUACAGCAUCGGGCUGGAGCAGGAUGAGACCUACAUUCCCCCCGGAGAGUCCCUGAAGGAUUUGAUCGAGCAGUCCCAGAGCUCAGGGAGCGGUUCCGGGCUCCCUCUCCUGGUUCAAAGGACGAUUGCAAAACAGAUUCAAAUGGUGAAGCAGAUUGGAAAAGGUCGCUACGGGGAAGUCUGGAUGGGAAAGUGGCGUGGCGAAAAGGUAGCAGUGAAAGUGUUUUUUACUACAGAGGAGGCCAGCUGGUUCAGAGAAACAGAAAUCUACCAGACUGUCCUGAUGAGGCAUGAAAAUAUUCUUGGGUUUAUUGCUGCAGAUAUUAAAGGUACAGGAUCUUGGACCCAGCUGUAUCUUAUCACUGACUACCAUGAGAAUGGCUCACUUUAUGAUUACCUAAAAUCUACUACCUUGGACACAAAAGCCAUGCUGAAACUGGCUUACUCCUCUGUCAGUGGCUUGUGCCACCUGCACACUGAGAUCUUCAGCACUCAGGGCAAACCUGCUAUUGCCCACCGUGACCUAAAGAGUAAGAAUAUCCUGGUGAAAAAGAAUGGCACCUGCUGUAUAGCAGAUUUGGGCUUGGCUGUUAAAUUUAUCAGUGAUACAAAUGAGGUAGACAUCCCUCCAAAUACCCGCGUGGGAACAAAACGUUAUAUGCCUCCUGAGGUGCUGGAUGAAAGCUUGAAUAGAAAUCACUUUCAGUCCUACAUCAUGGCUGAUAUGUACAGUUUUGGACUCAUCCUUUGGGAGAUAGCAAGGAGAUGUGUUUCAGGAGGAAUAGUUGAGGAAUACCAGCUUCCGUACCACGACCUGGUGCCCAGCGACCCCUCGUACGAGGACAUGCGGGAGAUCGUGUGCAUCAAGAGACUACGCCCCUCGUUUCCCAACAGAUGGAGCAGUGACGAGUGCCUGCGGCAGAUGGGGAAGCUGAUGAUGGAGUGCUGGGCUCACAGCCCUGCCUCCCGGCUCACAGCCCUGCGCGUCAAGAAAACGCUUGCCAAAAUGUCAGAGUCCCAGGACAUUAAACUCUGACUCUGCCAGAGGCAGCUCUGCUGGAGGCCCCUGGAAUUGGACUUUUUUUUGCAGGCAGAAGUCCUGAAGAUGUAUCAAAAGUCUUUGCUAAGUACCUUGAGUGGAAAAGACAUGCUUAAGAGCAGCUAUGAGUUUUUGAGGAGACUAUCCAUUGAAAAAAUCACCUGAAUUUUGACAUGCAAGAUUGAAGAGGCUUGUCUGCCCUUGUUUACAUGGGGAAAUACAGUUUUAGUAACUGGUUUAAGAUUAUGCAUGUUGCUUUCCAUGAAAGCCACUUAUUAUUUUAUUAUUAUUAUUGUUAUUAUUAUUAUUUUGAUUGUUUAAAAAGAUACUGCUUUAAAUUUUAUGAAAAUAAAAGUUUCUGGGUUAGAAGUAAAAAAGAUGUAUAUUGUUACA